CUCCAACUACCAGUACCUACCUUAACAACGCUGCAACGCGGGCAUCAUAUUGAGAUGUAUCGACGUAUCGACCCUCCUCCUCCAAAUCUCUCCCAAAUCCAAUGGGUCGGGGUUGAUCAUCUAGCCGCGGAUGGCAUUCCAGGAACAACCCUCCAAGCCCGGCCAUGACUCAGACCCUGAGGCUACAAUCAACAGGACGAAGCUCAGCUGCCCAAGGGGGUGUAUUCUUGACGGUGCUACCUGUGUACGUUCUUUCGCCUCUGCGCAGUUCUCACGUCUCGACUCGUAUAGUAUGACGAAGAUGUAUCCCGUGCGAUAAAGGCAAAAAUCCCCCCAACCAUGUCAGGGAGAACCCUAUCCAUCCCCCCCCCAGUUGAUCAC